UAUUCCUGUUUUGUGCAUGGUACAUACAGAGAUGUUAGUGAGACAGAGCAUCAUUUAGCUCUAUCCAGUAGUGUAUUUCCUGUUUCUACAUGCUAAUACCACUGCAUGAUCUUGAAUGAUACUGAAUGAUUUCUUCAGUACAAAUCAACAGGAAUUAAGAGAUCUGUUCUCAUUGAGUGUGUAAAAUAAAAGUCUUAAUCUGGACACUUAUCAGUGAAGAAAUCAAGCUGAAGGAUCAUGGACAACUUUCACAAAAUACAUGAUGAUCUUGAGAAGGCCAUCGAGAAGGAUGAGACCAGUAACACUUAUAACAACAGUGACUAUGAAGAAACUCUCAGACAUGGGCCUUUAACAGCACGCCAGUGGCUAGGUACUGUUAUACACUCCAGAAAAUUUCAGGUUGGGGUGGUGGUGCUGGUGGUAAUUGACAUUGUCUUGGUGCUGGCGGAGCUGCUGUUAGACCUGCAGAUUGUUGCAGUGGAAGGAGAGCACCACUUCAUAGUCCCUGUUGUUCUUCACUACUGCAGUAUUGGGAUUCUUGGGUUUUUCAUCAUUGAAAUUACUGUCCGAUUAUUUGUAAUGCGCCUUACCUUUUUCUCGCACAAGCUAGAGAUUUUUGAUGCUGCUGUGGUCAUUGUUUCCUUUGUACUUGAUGUUAUAUUCCGAAAUCAUGUUGACGCCUCAAGUGGUGUAGGGCUUCUGGUUGUUCUUCGACUUUGGAGGGUCACCAGGAUAAUCAAUGGCAUUGUAGUUUCUGUCAAACGACAGGCAGAAAACAAGAUUGAGAAAGAAAGACAACUUCGACUGGCAUGUGAGCAGGAACUAGCAAAGUUUCGCACAUACUGCACUUCCCUGGAGUCAGAGAUUGAAGCUCUUUAUCGUCUGCUGAAGCAGCAUGGGAUACAAUACUCUGAAAAGACAAACAAGCGGCCCACGAGCAGUCAAAUCAAUGUUGUGGCUGAAGUGAACUGUGGUAGCUUCAGUGGUGAAGACUUGAAUGGGAAUGAGGGUGGUGGAAUCGAAUCCUUAGAGAAAGAGGAAGUCGAGAGAGAAAACAUGGAAGUCACUAAUGCUGCUUACUGAAGUCCAGGCAAGUUCACUCGUUUGAAAAGCUCCUAUUGAGUUAGGGCUAAGAUACUGUGGAUCUGAUACAUAAUUUUUUUCUACUAACACAGGUGCUAAUUGGUAGUGUAGAAGUAUGCCAGUUAAGGGUGGCAUUGUCUUUACUAAAAAAAUGUGGUCAGCAUAUGUGGCAUUUAUUUACUUAUUAAUUGUUUUGGGGCAGACAUCUGUUUUUUGCAGAUGUUACCGCAGUUUGCUAUGUGAUGGCUUUUAUUACUUUCAUGAAAGUGAUAAAAAAAACACAUGUACUUAAAAGUACAUGGCAAUGUAAAGGAAUAGCAUAUUGAAAUCUUUUCUGUAGCAUAUUAUUGCACUUUUAUGCUGUCAGUAGCCGAAGUAAUGGCACAAUUGUUCACUAAAUAAAACUUGUUUGAAUAACCAGUAAAAAGAAUACUGAUUAUGAAUACUCACUGAGUAGAUUAUCGAUUAUGUCCUAGUAAGAAGGUGGUUGUCAUGAUAGGCCACCAGAAAAUAUAUUUAUUGAAUUUUUAAUCAUUAAAAGAUUAUAUGGAUAAUGGUAAUGGUGGUGAUAGUGAUUUAAAAAGGUGGAAGUUGUGAAGUCUAAUGUGCUAGUGUUGAUUAUAUACUGAUCUAUGAUGGACAUACUUUUCAUUGAAGGCUUUAAUCAUGUUAGUCAUGCGUCCCUUGCUUGGUACCUGUCACAUGGAUAGAUGGAGCAGCUGACAGGGCCUACCAUUCUUGCCUAUUUUGAGCAAUAGUAAGUCCUGCACAGGACACCCAGUCCAGGCUUUGAUGUUUAUAAGCUAGUUCUUCCUCUAGUUACUGCGGCGGCGACCACCCAAGGAAGGAACCUUGAAGGAUAGUCUUUGAUAUGUCGACCAUGAAAGCAUUUGUACAUUAUUAAUCAACAAAAGUUUUAUAGUUUAUUAUAUGAAAUCCACCAUUUGCAGCUGGUGGAUUUGUCUUCAACAGCCAUUUUACAGCUGAAAUAGGAAAAAGAAUGGAAGUAAAAGACGUAGAGACGAGGAGACUGAAAGAAUGGGUAGUCUACUAGGAUAAGCAACAUUUUCUACACAGCACCAUGUCAAGGCAGUUAUUUCCCCUCCCAGAUUCUGUUAUUGAAAUGUUUUGAUAAUUUAUGCAGAUGUGUCUUCACUUGAAAAGGUUGGAGAUUUGUCAUUUGCUUAAAUGUGAUUAAAUGAACACUAUGAUCGAUAGUGGAAGGUGAGAAAAACUCAACAAGAGAUUUGAAUGCUGAUACGUUAUCUAUCGUGGACCUUUCUUCUGUAACGGCCCUGGUUGCAAUAUUAGAGUGCAGAUCAGAAAUGUCUCCAUAAAUUGUUUGUGUGUGUUGUUUUAUCUUUUCUAACUGUAAAUAGUGCCUGAACACAAAAAUGUUCAAACAUUAUCAAGAAUGGAUAACGCCAAAGAUCACAUUACCAUUUGUUAUCCAUUUUUCAAAGUAUUGCAUCUCAAAAGUGGGGCUGUUAUGAACAUGUUAUUUUACCAGUCUGAGAUUAAAGUUCUCAAUAUUUCUUUCUGUGAGAUUUAUACAGGUCUUUUUAACCUUGGAAGGUGCCUUGAAUGAAUAGCUGCCUCUUGAGAGGUAUGUUUCUUGCAUAGUUCCAAAAGUCUUGCAAAGCAAACUGUAUGGCUGGAGAUUUGCUGUUCUUUUAAUUAAAAUGAAUUGUUCAUGAAUUUUUUGGGAAACCUUUAUGUGAGUGUAAGAUUCUAGGACAUAGUCAGUAUAAUAUAUAGCUUGCAAACGCAAUUCUGUUUUUCCAAUAGCUGAAUAAGAAAAUGGAGUUAGGAAGUUCCAGUAGGAAUGUCGCUCAUCCACAGGGUUAUUUGAAAACGGUGCUCAUUUUACUUAAAUCUAGACAUCAAGAUCUGUUUCAUGUUGCAUUUUUCAAGAUGAUAUUAUGUUACAUUUUACUUUCACACUUACAGUUUUCACUAAGUUGGAGAAAGGAGUUUAUUAAAGUGCUAGAUGUGCACAAAUAAAAAAAAAUUAUAUCUGUAUAUUAAGUUUUAGUUGUAAAAGUUAUGCUGCACAAAUCUUGUGUAUUCUUUGUCUCCAUGUGUUUCAUGUUCUUUCUACAGUGUUUGUUACAUUUUUAAGGGCACCAUGUUAUUAUGGAUUUCAAAAUUAUAAUUUACAGAAAUAAAAUGUGUAGCACUUUUGCUGUUUGUGUAAAUGUCAGAUUUAGUAAACUCUUGUAAUACUUAUUAAGUAGGUUUAAUGCAUAUGGAUGCUUUAUAUAUAUAUAAAUAAUUUUGGAAAAAUAAUUGUUGGCUUAAACUAUAAUUGCUAAAUGGUUCGAUAUAGGUGACCAGACCUAGCUGAGGGCAAGCAAUUUUACUAGCAAAUAUGCUAUAAGAAAGGAUUGUUCUAAUUUUCAAAUGUGAAAAUAUUGCUUAUACUCAUUUGUGAGCAAUAUUGCUUGUGUUCUUGUCUUCCUUUGUUUCUGUUUUAAACAUGCCUUUGUAAAAGAUUGAGCAAACUGUAGACUUCGGUGUUGUUAUGUUACAGUAUUGUUCUUGUUAAAACUGACUUCAAGAUAAUAUUUACUUGAGUCUCCAUAAUCCAACAUCAAAUAGAGGGAUCACCAAGAAUGUCUGAUGUCAGAAUUAAAUUGGAGACUUAAGCAAUGUCAUGCCUUGGCAGGAUGGUAACUGUCUUCCAGAUGCAUUUUUUUUUUUUAUUAGCUGCAAUCAUCCGGGUCAGUGUGUGAUAUCUGUUUAUUGCAAUCCUCAUCAAGAUAUUAUUUCAGUUUCAAUUAUACAAAUGUUAUUUUGAUUGCAAUAAUUUUUAAGAGCAAAUGUCUCUUGGUUGUAAUAGUCAUUUUCCAGAGUCAGUGACUUAGUCAAAUAGACUAUUUGUUUUUAAUUGAAUCAGCAUCAUAUACCAGUUCAACUAGUCCCAACUUAUGUCUCAGGUGCCAAAAAUUUCACUGUGCUGUCAUGCUGGGUAGUGGUGGUCUUCAACAAGAUUAGAAGAGCUGAAAUUCACCUAAACUGAAUAUUUGCAACCCGUAUUUGGUUCAUUUUUAUAUUUUUAUACACUGUUGUGCUGACAGGUCUUCAUGCCACCUACAAUUUGGCUGCAUGAUUUCUUUUUAGGUUCAGAAACUGGAGAUUUCUGUAUGCCCACUGGUUUGGGUUCUCAAUUUCUGUGGAGAGACUACAGCUGGAGUAUUUUGUGAUAUCAGUCAUCUUCUGUCUGAUAAUUAUUAUUUCUUCUUCAGUUCUUAAUGUUGAUUACUAUGAUCAGUAUUUUCAUACUGGAUGCCACAAUUCAUUGUAUUGUGUAUAUAUAUAUUCAUAAGUAUAAAUAAUUAUUACAUAUGUUUAAUAUGAAUUAUUAGACAUACACCAGGAUGUUUUCCUUAACUUCUAAAUAUUGUUGCUAAUAGUAAUAUCUUUUUGAAAAAGCUUCAAUAAUGUAGAAGUAUUCAGAAUCUAGAGAAGCUGUGUUUAAGCUGCAUUACCAUGAUUUAGUGAUGUUCCAUGGUUGUCUUCAUGGUUAAAAGCUGAAGCAGUUAUUCACAAGUGUAAAAAGAAGUGUUGUUAGAUGUAAUUUCCUAGACUGUAAUUUUCAUGUUUAGGCAGAAAGAGGUUGAUAUUUUUGUAACCACCUACCCCUUAAUAAAUCAGUAUGUUUUCUUAAUAAGAUAUUCCAAACUUAUUGUCUUCCAUUGCUAUAUACAUCUACAAGUGUCAUGCUCACACUCUGCCUGUGCCUUAAAAAUGAAAUAAAACUAUAUGCAUAAAACAUCA